AUGUAUACCCACUGGAUACUACAUUCAUCCAUGACCAAACUGGACAUACGAGAUAAUCCUGAAUCACAUAAUUCUUCGGCAGUUCCCUCCACCAUACCAAGCAAGAAAGAGUGGUUUGGUGGGAGUUGCAAAGACUAUGGCUACAAGAGAAGAGAAGAAAGUAGCCAUCUUGCUCCAGCAGAAGCAUUCCUGGAAGCGUCUUCUGGAGGUGACAUUAAGGCUGUCCUUCAGCCACAUCGUGUGGAGAUGGCUUUACUCAGCAACAUCCUAGCAGCCUACUUCUUUGUCUCAGAAAAUCCUGAGCGAGCAGCCCUUUAUUUUGUUUCUGGUGUGUGCAUUGGACUGGUCCUCACCCUGGUUGCCUUGGUGAUGAGAAUCUCUUGCCGCACAGAUUGCCGGCGGCGCCCUCCCAAGAGGAAAUUCCUUCAGGACAGAGAGAGCAACAAUGAAAGCAGUGACAGUGAGGACAGCAGCUCUGACAAUGCAUCUGACCUCUCGGCCUGGAGACACCGCCGCUUCCAGAUGACUUUGAAUAAGAAUGUCUUCACCUCUGCCGAGGAGUUGGAGCGAGCCCAGAGACUGGAGGAACGGGAACGUAUCAUCAGGGAGAUCUGGAUGAAUGGCCAGCCUGAGGUGCUUGGAACCAGAAGCCUGAACUGCUACUACUAG